AUGACACCACCCAAGAAGCAACAGGACACCGACGAUGUAUUGGACUUUAUCAAUUCAUUGCCGGACUCGAAAUCGGGGACCCCCAAGCCGGAAGAGGGCGAGAAUAAGGAGGAGCUAUUAGAUUUUUUAGACGAAUUGACUGCCCAUGAACGGACCCCGGUGCAGACCAGUAAGGGGAAGUUUGAGCCCAAGAAACCAGAAGAGGUUGCAGAAAAAGUUCCCGAAAAGGUUCCAGAGAAGCUUGCAGAAAACGAAAAGGAGAAAGAAAAGCCAGUGCUUAAUGCCAAUGAAGAAUUAGAGCUUGAUCCAAUUGGAAGUAUUUCGAAUUGGUGGAGUAAAGAAGGAUCUAAUAAGGUGAGUUCCUUAUGGGGGUCAAUUACGUCGAAUGCAGCCACGAUCAGCGAAACCACAUAUCAAAUUGCCAGUACUACCAGUAACCAAAUCAGUCAACAACGACAAAAAUUUUUAAAGGAGAAUUUAGGGGUUACCGAUAUAAUUAAUAACGACGAGUUGAUUAAUAUAAGCAAUCGAUUGAAUUCGAUAUUGCUAAACAUGUCCCAGCAAAUCAAAGAAGGCUUGAUCAGCGACGAAGAUGAGUUAUUGAAUAUAUUAAUAAUAUACGAUUUCCAAAAUUUACAUAAUUUAGAUCAAUUAUGUUAUGAGAAAUUCCAUAAGGUGAUGAAUCAAGUGGAAGGAGGAAUUAAGGUUAGUGUAAACAACUUCAAUAAUAAGAAUGAAGUCAAGGGAGAUAAGAUCAAUUUGAAUAUGUUCCAGGGCCAAAAAAUCGACGGAGAAAAAUUAUGUUUUGCCAAUCUAGACGGAUCAAUUAAGGAUUAUAUCAAGAUGAUGAAUUUAGAAGAAGAGCUGAAGAAAAUCGGCGACCACGAAAGCGAUGAAAAGAUCAGUGAAAUCAACAAGUCCAACAUUUUCAUUUCGAUCCAGCCCAUAAACGUUAGCAGUCAGGUUAAGUUGGGGGAAGACGCGCCGAUCAUUAUCGAGUCAAAUAACGGCGAGUCGUUUGUGUUUACCAUGAUCCUCAAGGAUAUCACCAACAACAUCACCAUUAUCAACAAGUCGCAGCCAUUCCCCUUGAAAUGGUCAAGGUGGUUACAAGGCGAACACCCGGAGUUUGACCAGCUCUUCACUGGCGAAGAGGAUAUCGAGCCCGGUGAGUGGGUCAAGGAAUGGAUCAACGACGGGUUGAGCCUUAGUUUUGCCGUUUUGGCCCAAGAAUACGUCUCCAAAAGAAUGGGUGUGUAA